UUUAUGCGUGCUUGCUGAGCUAAGCAAUCAAGAGUGCAUUUUGUGCGAGAGUUUUCUCGAAUCGCAGCAGAACAAUCUGCCUCUAGGUAUGCUUCGGGCCGCCAGCUAUCAUGUCAUGGUCGUCGCUUCCGUUUCUGGCAGGCGCGCCUGCAGUGCAGCCUGGAAGACUUCCCGCUAACAUCGUCGUCGAACGCUUACCAGGACUUGUCAAGCCUAUCGGAAAAACACAAAAGGGAUCACAAUAACGUGUCUUUUCUUAAAUAACUCUACUAGUUUGAGUGUGCUUCACCAAAUCACGGCUUGCCACUUUGGUGUCGCUCGUUUGACCCAUCUUAUCUUGCUCACCUUGAUCGGCAAGAGUGAUGGUCUGCUCUCAGUAUCCUAGCAACGAAGUGUGGGCCGACAAACUCGUCCAAGCACCUCCGUCCGGUGAACAUACUUUGGGCCUCAAAGUGAAAUCUGUUCGUAAUGCGUCUAUCCCACACCUCGACGGACCAUCCGACUACCGCCCGCAGAUUGUCCCUACGACCAUGCGACAUCUGGGCUCCCAACAGCCUCAGUCUCGUUACCAACAUCAAAUUCAUCAUCGACACCAACCCCAACAUCAUCAUCAAGCGCGCAACAUUGCAUCUACGCAAAUACCUGUUCGCCAAGAUGUUUGUCUCCCAGAAAACGCAGUCAGCAGUCUCUUGCCGUACUGUACUAAUGGAGCACCAAUGCGUCAGGAGCAGGUCAUCGCCUUGACUGACGUUGUUGGCAACCUCAAGGAGCUUGUCAUACUCGCAUUGAGCGCUGCAAGCGGACAUUCAGAAUCCGUAGACAAGUUGAACCGGGCUGUAGGAGGCGAGGCUGCAGUGGGUGUCGCAGAGUUCUUCGAUGGCGAGUGGGAGGUGGAGUAGAAAUUGGGAAUUUGCUAUCAAGGGCCAUGGAAGGGCUGAGGGUUUAGAAUGAAGAGUCUGGAUCGGACGUGGAUGUCGGAACUCCGGCUGGAGUUUGGAGAGAUUGACUUUUCAACGUAUACUUCACUAAACUAUCA